CCGGGUGCCAGUUCAGUCUCUCCCAGCUCGCCGCUGCCAUAAAGCCCCACCAGCUCGCUCUGCUCCCGUUGCAUUUCACUUUUUCGCUUUUCCCUCAGCAGGGUGCAGGAGGUGGCCGGGCUCUGAGGCUCAUCGAGGCUUGCACACACAAUCCGGAGCAAUAAAACCCCUCUGAUUGCCCUCACCUGUCUCCAAACCAAAGCAAAACCAAUUGCCGGUGUUGGGAAAGGGACGGCACCAGAGCCAGCGCCCGGCGUGGGGAUCCUAUCUAAAGGGGAAGAUCCGAUCUAAAUGGGCAGGUCUGAUCUAAAGGGGAAGAUCUGAUCUAAAGGGGAAGAUCCAAUGUGCAGGAACGUCUGGAGGAACAAGAAGAAAGAAAAGGAGAAUUUUAAAACAGAAAGACGCUGAGGAAGACUUUAUUUUUGGAUUUUGCAGCAAACUUGGGAAAAGUUGUUUUUAUUUUAAUACAUCUUUUUUUUUUUUUUCCCCAAGAACACUGCUGCCUGUUCCUAAAAGCUCUUCUUUUUCAAUGCGCAUGCAUUUAAGAAAGCAAGAAGACCAAGAGGGAAAAUAGCACACGGACUACCUGCUAAGGAGCCACUCAUUGGAACGCAUAGCUGGAUGCCCGGUGCUCAGAGGAGCUUCUCCCCACCCACCCUAUGAGAUAGCAGAGCCCCUCAGCCCUGCUCCCCGCACCCCCCGGUGCUGAGGCGAUGGGGACCGGCAGCCUGCUUGCUGCCUGAGGCCGGCUGCCACUGCUUCCCUCCCAGGGCUCUCCGUCCAUGUGCCCGCAGCCGGCGGGGCCUGAAGCCGGCAUGAAUUUCGGCGUGGUCUUCGCCGUCAUCCUGUCCCUGCCCCUGGCCCGCCUGGAGGGGGACCCCAUACCUGAAGAUAUUUAUGAGAUUUUGGGUGGCAGCUCCGUGCGCUCCAUCAGUGACCUCCAGCGUGCCCUGCGGAUAGACUCCGUAGAGCAAGACAGCUCUAGCCUGGACCUGAAUGCAACUCAGCCCAGCCAAAACCAUGCGUCCCUGGCUCGAGAGAGGCGAAGCCUUGAUGCUCUGGCAGCAGCAGAGCCAGCUGUCCUCGCCGAGUGCAAGACGCGGACGGUGGUCUUUGAGAUCUCCCGCGACAUGGUGGACAGCACCAACGCCAACUUCGUGGUGUGGCCGCCCUGCGUGGAGGUGCAGCGGUGCUCCGGCUGCUGCAACAACCGCAACGUGCAGUGCCGCCCCAUGCAGAUUCGUGUCCGGCACGUCCAGGUGAACAAGAUCGAGUUUGUCCAGAAGAAGCCAGUAUUCAAAAAAGUCGUUGUGCCUUUGGAGGACCAUGUGCAGUGCCGGUGUGAAGCAGUGUCCCGGCCGCCCCCCAGGAGCAGCCGGCCAGCACCCCGUGAGCAGAGACGCUUGUCGCCGUCGUUCACCACAGCCGCCAUCUCCCAGAGGAAGCGGGUACGCCGGCCGCUAGCACAGAAGAGAAAACACAAGAAAUACAAGCAUGUCAACGAUAAGAAAGUGCUGAAAGAAAUCCUCAUAGCAUAGAAGUGCUGGCAGGGGAGAGAGAGAGAACAAGGUUUAUUUAAUAUAUUUGCUGUAUUGCCCCCAUGGGGUCCUUGGAGUGAUAACUUUUCCUCUUUGCCAGUCUGCCUCAACGACUGAUUCAGGCGGCAAAUGGUGCUUCCCUUUCCAUCAGUGGACCUUCUCCUACCGAAGCCUCUCCCUUCUUUCAUUUAUUAACAUUUUAAAGUUUUACAGAAAAAAAACAAAACAAAACAAAAAACAACCAAAAAAAAGAAAAAAAAAAAGACAAACACAGCUUAUAUAUAUAUACAUAUAUAUAUAUAUAUAUAUACAUAUGAGAAAAGAACAAAGUAGAAAUGAAACCACAAACCCCCCAACAGUCAACAAGGACAGGACAAUGCCCUCCCUGCUCAGGUGGACAGGAUGGAAAAUGUGAAAAGGAGAGUGGGGCCAAAUCCUUACUGUGGGGAGGAGGAAAAUGAAUGGACUGAAGGAAGAAGGGGCAUUUUCUUCCUUCCUCAUGUGUUUCUGUACGGCCGGGGCCCGGCUGAGAUCAGCACUUGCACUGGACCUGCGAUUUGACACAGGCAUAUCUCAGACUGCGGACGGCAUCCCAUGAUGGAAAAUGCACUAUAUGGACUUUUAUCACCCUACCUGGACAGAGAUUUAUUUUUAACGUGCGUGUGUAUGUUUUAUUUGAAAAACCAAAACCACUGAAAUAUACGACAUCUCGGG